CUGCCAGACGCAACAGAAACAAUCCUCGAGGCGGUGCUUGCAGUAGCUGCUGUUCAAUUGCUCGCGCAGCUUGGGUCAAAGGAGCAGUCAGUCUUCUUGCGGAGCUAGCCGGGGUGCAGCUACAUCUGCAACAUCUGCUUCUCCAGCGUCACUUAUCAGGGGGUGGUUCGGGCAGACGCAUGAACUGGAGCUCCUGUUUCCAUUCCAUCUGGCUUCCAGUUUUUUCCUGCAGUUUCCUUCUCUGCAUUUCCGUGGUGUGAUCCGAGAUUCUUCGACCAUGUUCCUUCUUGGACUGCUGUCUCUGCUUGUUUUGCAAAGUGAUGCCUUCAGCACCAGUUUUCCUGAUGAAACCAUUGCUGAGUUUUCAGUGAAUGUUUACAAUCAGCUAAGAGCUACCGGGGAAGAUGAAAACAUUAUAUUUUCCCCACUGGGAAUUGCAAUUGCUAUGGGAAUGGUGGAGCUUGGAGCCCAUGGUUCCACCCUGAAGGAAAUCCGACACGCCAUGGGUUAUGAAGGUCUGAAAAACGGUGAAGAGUUUUCCUUCUUAAAAGACCUUUCUGACAUGACAGCUGCGGAGGAGAGCCAAUACGUGAUGAAGCUUGCCAAUUCCCUCUACAUACAGAAUGGAUACCAUGUCAGUGACAAAUUUUUGCAGCUGAUGAAAAAGUACUUUCAAGCCGAAGUAGAAGACGUAGAUUUCAGUCAAAACGUAGCUGUAGCCAGCCACAUCAAUCAGUGGGUGGAGAACCAUACAAAUAACAUGAUCAAAGAUUUUGUGUCGGCAAGGGAUUUCAGCGCUCUUACUCACUUGGCCCUCAUCAAUGCAAUCUACUUUAAGGGAAAUUGGAAGUCUCAGUUCAGGCCAGAAAACACGAGAACAUUCUCCUUCACUAAAGAUGAUGAAAGUGAAGUGCAAAUUCCAAUGAUGUAUCAGCAGGGGGAAUUUUAUUAUGGGGAGUUUAGUGAUGGCUCUAAUGAAGCGGGUGGCAUCUAUCAAGUUCUGGAGAUUCCUUAUGAAGGGGAUGAGAUCAGUAUGAUGAUCAUUCUUUCUAGACAGGAAGUUCCGCUAGUCACACUGGAACCUCUGAUCAAAGCCCAGUUGAUUGAGGAAUGGGCAAGUUCUGUGAAGAAGCAGAAGGUGGAGGUGUAUCUACCAAGGUUCACAAUAGAGCAGGAAAUUGAGCUGAAGGAGGUUUUGAAGGGUCUUGGAAUUACAGAAGUAUUCAGCCCAAGUGCUGAUUUCACUGCAAUGUCUGACAAUAAAGGACUGUACCUUUCAAAAGCCAUCCACAAGUCUUUCCUAGAAGUUAAUGAAGAAGGCUCUGAAGCUGCUGCUGCCUCAGGAAUGAUAGCCAUUAGUAGAAUGGCGGUGCUGUAUCCCCAGGUGAUAGUGGAUCACCCAUUUUUAUUUGUGGUCAGAAAUAGAAGAUCAGGUACCAUUAUCUUCAUGGGGAGAGUUAUGCACCCAGAAGUGAUGAAUACAAGUGCCCAUGACUUCGAAGAACUUUAAUAUGCCCACAGGCCCACACACUUACACAUACACACAAAGAAAAUAAGCACACUGAGUUUGCAGUUGAUGUAUUUAAGGUUUGCCGUGUUUUUCGCAAUGUUACCUUUGAGACACUGUUUGGGGUGGGGGUGGGGGGGACAACUUCCAGGUUUAACUUCAGCUAGGAUUUGCAGACCACAGUGGUGGAUGAAAGAGAAGCUUUCAGUAUUAAAGUCAAUGUUGUCCUUUGUGACUUGUUGUGUUGGUCCUUUAAAAUAAAAACUGUAUCCAUGUCAAA